UGAGACGCUGUUCAAAGCGCGCUGCCAGCAGACUGCUUGCACGAGUGCCGUGCGUGCUGCGGAGUGUGCAUGGUCCCCCCACGGUAAUGCAACAGUUGUCAUUCAUCAAGAUUAAGCCUUUCGCUGGCUUCUGGACCGUUUUGUGUUGUGCACACCUUUGCGAUCGGCGAGAGCACCGAACGCGCAGCCUAAGUGCCCGGCAACGAACCAACUGUGGAGCAUGGACGCUUUCUGCGGUUCACGUUUUAACGCGAGCUGCCCACCGCGCGCCGGGGCUGUGUGGGGUUUCCGCAAUAAUUUCGUACGCCGCGCCUGAAGUUGUCGGCAGACGCAGCUCGUUGUCUUCGGCGUGGCGGAACUGACCUUCGACCAACCAGCAAAUCAUUAAUGCACGCCCAUCAGGCAAACUGCAGUUCCCUGGCUUUGCGGCAGGCGUGUAAAUGUCAAAGAGCCUUGGCUGGAGUGCUUAGUGUUGUUUCCGCCUUUAUUGCGGUUUGUUCGACUGGAAACGCGCGGAGUCGUUUCAGCAGCCGUAUUUCUGUGCUGUCCGAGACCACAAACAGGAAACUGUUGAGGGUGCAAUCUGAUUUUCGCCUGCCUGGUGUUCUUUUCUGGCUUCCUUUUUUUUUUUUUUUUUUCUGCGCUGCCGAUGCUGUCAGCGGGCCGCGAAGGUCUCGUGCCCGGGAUUCGGGCGGCUUUCGGACGCCGGUCGGCGCUGCCUGACAUUCAUCGAACAUUUAUUGUGCCUGCCGCUCAGGGAGAGCCGAUAAUCUUUUUUGAGGGUUUUCUUGUCCAUCCCCGAAUGUGGACGUGAAAGCUCGGAAGAGCUCCUGCACAGAUUCUGAAACCGCUGUCGCGCGCGAGUGACCGUUAAUCCCGCAGCCUGUGGAUCAGUGCUGCGAUCACGCUUGUCAGUGAACCUCUCGUGCAUACGUCGCCGCCUCAUUUUGUGUUGCACCUCUUUUUCAGAGGUGUCCUGGCGCGUGUUGCUCAUUCCGCGGCACUCGGAUACGCUCGGUCGCGCGCCCUUCGCCUGCGACGUUAGCGGCAUUCUUCUUUGUUUUUUGCUUUGUUUUCUUUUUAUUUCGCGCGACAUUGGGCGCGCGGUUAGGUGCCGGUUCGUGAGGCAUGCAAAUGCGCGACGGCCGCAUUCCGGGCCGGCUGAUCUCGGCGCGAGAUGGCACCAAAGGUGACCGCUAACCUGACGUCGCGACAUCAGCUCGUUUUCACGUGCCAGUUCCCCCUUUCACAAAUAUGUAUCGUUGAGGAAGCGCGCGCUGGAGCUGUGUGGUGGGGCGGCUGUCCUGCCGUGCACUGGGCUGACAACUGUAGUUACUACAGCAACUCGGGCUGAUAAAACGUGUGUGUCUGCCGCAGCGCGUGAUCUUUGACACGCCCAGCUCCUUUUCUUUCUUUACUAAUUCAAGUCAUCCGCUCGCGGCUUGUCUUCUCAAGUUCCGCCGGUGAUAACAGGGGCGCAUAACACUAUUCUGACUGAUAAAGUGUCAACGCCUAGGUGUAUCCUGCAAGGCACACCUGCGAGAAAACUUUAUUAUUCGUUUAGUUACGCCAUCGUAGGGCGACUGGUGUAAGGUGUGUGAUUGAAACUGGCGCUGUACCUUUACAACGUGCAGCUGUUACGUACGUCUGGCCUCGAGAGGCCUUACCCGUGUGCAACAAGCUCCUUAGGUUCUGGAGGAGUGCAGCAUGCUACUGCAUUUUUAGAAACGUUGUGUGAGGAGCUGGGAUUUGUAAACGUUUCAUUAAGAUCAUUUACUGUUGGGCCUGCAUGCUUUGUCUGUUAGAAUUGAGUGCAUGGAACAUCGCAUUGAUCCGAGAGGAGGUGGUAGCCUUCUAGGGCACAUGAACCCGCAGUAAAAAGAUUGAAAGGCCUUGCAUGUGCAAGGAAGUAUACAUUGAACAUCUUUUGUUUAACUGGCUCAUUUAUUGCAAGAAAUUCUGGCUGGAUUUGGCACGUAUUAUGAAUGACUCGUAAAAUAAGUAGUAGGCCCCUAAUGGCACCAUGUUGUGGCAGUUGGGGUUGAGUAUCCUGUAUGUUCUUAAUAUUGAACAAGCAUAGUGGUGGUUAGAAGUGGUAGGUUUAUUUUUCUUCUAUGUGUUAUUCUGCGUUAUCAUUUGAAAUUUUCUUGUUCAGAGGAAGUUGGCGAAAAUACUGCCUAAACAAGUUUCUUUUCUUCACAAAAAUCUGCAGCAUACGAAGUCGAUUAUUGCUUUCACAUUUUAUGAAACUUAUUUCAUUCAGUUCCUGUGUUUUCAAAGAACAGGUUUGUUUGAUUUUCCAGUGCUUUGAGUUUUGCAUUUUAAUUAAUUUGCCAUCACUCUGGCCAUCUAGCAACCAUCUGGUUAUCUCUACUUGUGGAGUAACUGCUGCAAGAAUGAACUGGUGUGGCGCUUGAUCCACAGACAAAUUUCGUGAAGUUCCAAUGGGGACGGAAUGCAGAAAAUGCUUGUGUGCUUGGAUUUAGGUACACUUUGGAAGAAGCCCAGGUUGUUGAAGUUAAACCGGAGCUCCCCACUGGUUGUGUCUCUUCAGCCUGUGUCUCUUAGCCUGUGAGAUAUUAAACCUUAUAAUUUUGUUUAAUUUUCUUCGUUUUGAAGGUUUGAGUCCCAACCAACGUAUGGUUUUUCUCAAUAUAGGCCAGCUUCCCUUUCACAUUUUGUACUGUGACAUCCUUGAUAUAAUAGCAGCACUGCUACUGUCAUUGGGCUUUACAUUUGUCAUUCUGUAAAUUUCAUGACAUGCUGAGUCAAUAGAAGUAAUGUUUGCUGUCUGGUGUGUUAUGCUGCACUUUGUUGGUUAAACCACAUAUAAGCCGUGCCAUAUAACAGAGCCCUGCAUGGGCAAACUGAUUGCUCACUUCUGUGACUGCUUCUGAAGAAAUGUGCAUGUUCAGCUCUGCUUUCGACAAUGAAACCAACGAAAAAGUAGCCAUCAAGAAGAUCUCGCCCUUCGAACACCAGACCUAUUGCCAGAGGACGUUGCGAGAAAUAAAAAUACUGACGCGGUUUAAACAUGAAAAUAUUAUAGACAUCAGAGACAUCAUUCGGGCACCCACAAUUGAACAAAUGAAGGAUGUCUAUAUCGUGCAGUGUCUGAUGGAGACUGACCUGUACAAGCUGCUGAAGACGCAGAAGCUGAGCAACGACCACAUUUGCUACUUCCUCUACCAGAUUUUGCGUGGCCUCAAGUACAUUCACUCUGCCAAUGUGCUGCAUCGAGACCUCAAACCCAGUAACCUGCUUCUCAACACAACGUGCGACCUCAAGAUCUGUGACUUUGGGUUGGCACGAGUGGCAGACCCCGAGCAUGACCACACGGGCUUCCUGACUGAGUAUGUGGCGACACGCUGGUACCGGGCGCCCGAGAUAAUGCUCAACUCGAAGGGCUACAGUCAGGCCAUCGACGUCUGGUCUGUGGGCUGCAUCCUGGCCGAGAUGGUCUCAAACCGGCCCUUGUUCCCUGGAAAGCACUACCUGGACCAGCUGAACCACAUCCUCGGUGUCCUUGGCUCACCUGGCCCUGACGACCUCAACUGCAUCAUCAACGAAAAGGCGCGCUCCUACCUGCAGUCAUUGCCCCACAAGGCCAAGAUACCUUGGUCCAAGCUGUAUCCAGAUGCAGACCCUAAAGCUCUGGAUCUCUUGGACAAGAUGCUGACCUUCAACCCACACCGAAGAAUAAAUGUUGAGGAGGCGCUUGCACACCCUUACCUGGAGCAGUAUUAUGACCCUGGUGAUGAGCCUGUGGCAGAUGAGCCAUUCAAGUUUGAGACGGAGCUGGAUGACCUGCCCAAGGAGCAACUCAAGUUGCUGGUCUUUGAGGAGACCAAGUUGUUCCAGGCGCGCAACGCCAGCAGGCCGGCACAGCAAGCCUCCUCCUGAGCUGAUGGUGCUGCUGCCACUUCCAUAGUGUAUGUCUGUCUCGGAGUUCCAGUGCCACACACGGGUGACCUCAUGUCCCUCGGGCAACUUGCAAGGCCCCCAGUGGCGCAAAGACGUUUUGACCCUCCCCCCUCACCCCCUGUGCUGGACUCCGUGCUGAGUAGCUGCCAAAGAAACGGCCGCUGCCAUCAUUGCUGGAUCCCAAGAACGGACUCCUCACGAUGUCUGUACUUUACGAAGGUGCCCUCCCCUCCCCACCUGCUGCCUAUCUUCCGCAAUGUUAGAGAGUCACGCGGACCAUGAAUUCUGUCCUGGCAUGGCACAUGGCUCAGGUGCUUGCCAUUGUUCACGUGUGCAGAAACCUGUUUCAGAUUGUGUGCACACGUUGCAGAGCACCCGUGUCACGUAAUACUGCACUGAGGCUGGACUCUUCUUCCAUUGCAGCUCUCUUUCGUUUCACUCCUCUUUUGUUUUUACCUUAGUUUACACCAACUCUCCCAUGUGCACGCUGUUCUUGCUUGUCCCUGUUGUGACCGCCUCCUUGUUUGCCACCACUGCUCGUCUGACCUCCCCCCCCCUUUUUCUUUGCACUGUCCUCUCUCGCUGUGUGUCAUAUACUUUUGGGAGAUGAGGCGGAUGCAGCAAUGGUCAAGCCUCUCGUUACCGGUUAUGACCCUCGUCCACCGUGCUGCAUGCUCCCUUUAAACGGGCAGCGCGGUUGUUUAAGGAGCAUAACACGACCAGGUUUUUCCAUCGGCGCCUUUGGACAUACACUCCAGCACAAUGAAAAUGCCAGUACGAUGGAGAUGGCUCGUGGGUUGCCGACUGCUGGAUACGUGUUUGUUGCAGAAGUGGCAUGGUUGCACUAUCAUAUUGUGAAUGACGUAGCAUGUAAAUAGGGCUAGCGCCUCUCGCAGAAUGUUAGCAAGACAGAGAGGCACUUGUGCGCGAAGCCAUUUGAGAUUUGAAAUGACACGGCCCCACUCUUUUCUUAAUUGCUGUUUCAGCCUCCCCUUACGACUCUUGUGUUCAAAUCCUUUUCGCAGAUACUGUAGCUGUCUUUUGCUUCCGGGGGCAGGUCAAAACGACCACCUACCUGGCAUUGGCUCAUUUUUUCGGCCAGGUGGCAAAGCUGCUGCUCACUCUUAACGUGUUCCUCGGGGCCUCCGCCACUUCUUGCGGCGCUCUCCUCCCUUCACCCCGCUGUCGGUGUUGCACGAUAUGUUGCCGAGGAUGACAGUUGGAGUUAACUUCUUCAUCUGCUUUGUUCUUCGUCGUGGUUGUCUUCUUGGCUCUGCUUUAUCGUGUGUGGCGCCCCCCUUUUUCGCUUUGCUGGGGCUUUAGGUGUGUCUUCCGUUUCGAAAAAAAGAAACCUGUCGUGCGUGUGUGUGUCUCUUCGGCUCGCAUUGUUCCAGUUAUAUUGUCUGAAUUUUGCUGGGCUUUCGAAUUUUGUCACCUGUGUUGUGAUCUAGGCUGCUUCGAAUGCGAUUUCUUUUUUUCUUUAUUCCUUGACGUGUCGAAAUGCAUGCCGUCAAUGAAAGCUGUGUCCAGUGAUAGUUGGGGAUGAUCAAAAUGCUGCGAGCAACACUUUACUGCGGAGCACAAUGCAACAGCGAAAAGGCUGUCUUCCAGGUGUUCCUUCGGAGUUCGAGACCCCAUUUUCCCUGCGGGUUUGUUAUGUGCUGUGGAGGAGACCCUUGCUCGCAGAAUUUUAACUGUCCCCUCUUUGACACGCAGAGUAGCAAUGUCCAUUUAAAAGCACACAGGUGGGUGCAGGGAAGCGAAUGAAAGCGUCUUUCCCAUCUGCAAGCAUGUAAUAUAAUUUGCACCAGCUUGCCUUGCAGGCAGUGUAGGUCCCUGAGGGGGGCAGGUAGGAUAUGCUGCUCUGUGGAUAAAACUGUAUGCACGAACAAAAAAGGUGGCAGCACCGUCUAGUCUCAUGCUGCUAGGCCGAGAAGUGCAUUCACACCAGGCUCGCUCCUUUUUUUAUGCCAUGCAGACGUGAAGUUACAUUUGGCUUGCAAGCUUCACUGAAUGGAAAAUUUUGUUUGCUUGUAUUUUUUUUUAUGUUCAUUACACAUGUGAACUUCUCUGCCCAAAAGAUUUGCUAGGAGCGCGACUUCUUUGAAGUACACUCGAACUUGAAUAUAACGAACUUCAAUAAAGCGAAUGAUCUUCUGUUGAACACAUGAAACUUAAUGACUGAUACUCACAUAAAAUAACUACCUCUGAUGAACUGGACGUUUGAUAUAUCGUAUUUGCGGUGCCCACGUUCAGUGCCAUAAAGCCACUUGCGGGCUGCGAAUUCGGUGUUUGGGGUGGUUCUCUGCAUAAGAAAAUUUUUUUAGAUUAUGGGGGGGGGGCUCCUUUCGUUCUUUUUUUUUCUUUUGCACCUUUUGUGGGGGAUGUGCUGUGCCGGCACUGUACUGACAUUGAUGGAAGUGGACUGGAGUAGGCCUAAACGAUUUCAUGCAUUGAGAAUGCCAUUCUCAGUAUUGCAGAGAAGCAGUUCAAAGCACAUGCAAAAAUUGCUGCCUACUUUGCUUGGUUUUGCUUUCAAUCAGUGAAGUCUUUCCUUGCUUUGUUUUUCCACUGGAGAUGAGAAAUUCUUUAUAAUGGACAUCUAAGAAAAGUUUAAGUUCGUUAUAUGGCAGUUUGGGUAUGUUGAAUUACGGGAUGUAUCAAGCUAUUUUUGGUGCAUGAGCCCGUUUGUUAUAGCCGGUUCGACUGUACAUCAGAUAAGCUGCGAUUUUUUUUUUUUUUUAAUCAAUGUUGAGAGCCUUUUCAUCUAUAUAAGCAUUCAGUGGCCAAACGAGUACUGCGCCACUGGCCUUUGCGUAGCAAGGAUGGACCGCUGAAAGCAGCUCGCGACAAUAAUGCUUCAUAAAAACCUGGUUGCACGAGUUUGCUCAUCAGCUUGAAAAGAAGUGGUGGUCGCAGCAGUUAACCAGAGCAGCAGGUGACGUUGAGUGCCAUUAAAAGCAUUGGAAAUCAGGUCAAGCGUACACAUUAAGGAAAGUUUGUACCCUUUGGGGCGUAUUUUGUCCCUAAACAAUAAUCCUCUUUCUUGCAUGCCUUUCAUUUAACACUGUGCCUUCAGGUCACAAACGGCAUGCGCAUUAUUGGCAUGACAUAGCAUUGUUGACAGGAAAGUAGCGUGUGUAUAGAGUUUUCAAGAAAGGAGACUCAAACAAGACACAUAAGUAAUAGAGCUUUAGCUUGUCUGGUGUUCUGUUAAACAGGUGGGAUACCGGGUGAGCCAAGGCAUAAACGCGAGUGGCCAGAGCCGUGGGGCGACAUGUUGGUGCAGAGCUCAGCCAGACAAACAGAGCUAAUAUUGCAGUAGACAAGUGCCUUCUACUUUGAUGGUGGUGUAAAUCUUUGUCAGCGACAUAAUUGUGUGCUGCGAAGUAGAACACACUUGUUUACUGCAAUAUUAGCUCUGUGUUUGUCUGGCUGAACUGGCAAGCUGCUCACAUUAACGUCUCCGCCCAACCAGCAGAACGCCCAGUCCACUUACGUUUAAUGGAAUACUGUACCCACUAAAACUCUGUUGGGACAAGAUACACCACAAAGGAUGUAAACAUUUUUCUUGAGUCUGUGCAUAUAGUUUCUUUUGUGGCUCAGUGUGUGAUAUGCUAGGCAGUGUGUACUAGUUGCCUUUUAUGUAGGCUUUAGUUGCCGAUAAUCUAGGUUUGAGAAAAUACAGUGAGAGAUGAGAAGGUUGUGACGUAGUGCAGCCUGAAGAACAGAAGCACUUCGGAGAUGUUCCGCUGUGUAUUAUAUAAGUGUGUGCGGUAGUUUGUGUUUAACGUUGACAUUUUUGUUCCGCCACCUCAGAGUGCAUGCUUUUGGACAUAUGCACAUCUCUGUACAGCACACAACUCGUGAUCCCUGUGUCGGCAAAGAACAGUGUGUGAAUGCAACCAAUGAAGCUGCACACAAAUUGUUUCAGGGAAAUUUUUUCUGCGAGUUAUUGUUUUAUUUCCCCACCCCCACCUCUGUCUUUCCUUUCUUUCGCCUGUUGUUUCUUGUUUCUGUAAAAAAAAAAGAAAAGCCUACUGUGCGAAGUUUAAUGGGAUGCAAGGAAGGAACGAAACUUCGAAAUAUCAUUCAUUGUAAAUGCAAACGAACAGAAUACUAUAUUUAUUGAGUUUUUUUUUAGAUCCUGCUGUUGUAGAUUUUUGAAUAAAUACUUCAUUUCCUUCCUGCAA